AUGGCUCCUUCUCACCGUCGUGGACCAUGGGUCCCCGAAGAGGACCAACUGCUCCUCCAACUGGUCCGCGAACAAGGUCCCAACAACUGGGUCCGCAUCUCCCAACACAUGCAUUACCGCUCGCCUAAGCAAUGUCGGGAACGUUUCCACCAGAAUCUCAAGCCGUCUUUGAAUCGAGAGCCCAUCUCCGCUGAUGAGGGCCUGAUGAUUGAACGCAUGGUCAACGAGAUGGGCAAGCGCUGGGCGGAGAUUGCCCGCCGCCUGGGAAACCGCAGCGACAAUGCCGUCAAGAACUGGUGGAAUGGCAGCAUGAACCGCAAACGCCGUGGCCUGUCGACCCCGACAGCCCCGGCCCGUACCUUCAAUGGCCGGAUCGAAGCUCCCUACGCUCGUGCUUCCGUCGUGAGCCCCAAUCGCCCUCGCUAUGCCACCCGGCCCUGGGCAGAGUCGCCCGUCGAGUCGACCGCCUCUUCGGAUGUCUUCUCGUCACACUCGCGCCGCGAGUCUAUGUCUACCACCCGCCAGCUCUCUCCCAUAUACACUCUGCCCUCCAUCAACCGACCCAUCGAGACACCACUUACCUCCCCCGCCUUCUCGGAGGCUUCCAAUGCCACCUCCAUUGAGCCUCCGUCCAUGAUGUCCGACCACAACUCUGUCUGCUCCUCAUCUCCGCGCACUCUGCCGUCCCCGCAGCUUCUGCCCAUGUCGGCGGAGAUGCGUUCGCAAUACGACGUUCGCCGACCCAGUACUGUGUCUGUCCAUGUGGUCGAUGAUUCACCGAGCUAUCCCGCUCGCUCACUCGAAUCCCUCUCCGGGAUUGCCUCCAAGCGGCGCUGGACGGAGCACCAGUCCACCCUAGCCUCCUGGCAUCAACCGGCCGACUCGCUCCCCAAGCCGUGGCAGUCAAGGCCCGUCGAGCCCCCUCGUGAUACGCGGAUGGGUGUGAACAAUCUGCUCAACUAA